AUGGCAGACUCUAGUAACAUAAAAGAGAAAGAAGAUAAACUUGCAAAUGCAAAAAUCGAAAAGGAUAAAGGAAACGAAUAUUUUAAAGCAGGAGAUAUAAAUAAUGCUUUACGUCACUAUUAUAUUUCUUUGCUUAAUUUGAAUGGACUUGAAAAUGACAAGUCAUUUGCGAUUUUCAGAAAAGAACAGGAAGAAGAACCUAAAAAGGAUCCUUUACAUGAAGAUAUCACAAAAACUACAAGUGUUAUAUACAGUAAUAUGGCUGCAUGUCAUAUCAAAAAAGAAAAGUGGAGCAAAGCAAUUGAACGUGCGGAUGAAGUAAUGAUAUCUCAUAUAAAUUUAUGCCGUCACUUGGCUAAAAAUAAUAUUAAUGCAAAAGCUUUGAAAAAAGAUCCUGAAAACACCAAAGCUUUAUUUCGUCGCGCACAGGCGUUAAUCAAAGAUGGAAAUACAACCAAAGCACGAGAAGACUUGACAAAAUUGACAGCAAAAGAUCCCGACGAUGGGGCAAUAAAACGGGAAUGGCAAUUGCUCAAAGCAAAAGAGAAAGAACAAGAGAGAAAACAACGUAAAGAAUUGGCGGGAAUGUUUGAUCGAAUGAAAAGAGAAGAUGAAAAAGAAGAAAGAUCCAAAAAGCAGCAACAGCAAAAAGUUGAACAAGAACAAAAAAUUUCAGAGAUUAAAGAUGACGAACCAAAAAUUUCAGAGAUUAAAGAUGAUGAACCAAAAAUUACAGAGAUUAAAGAUGAUGAACCAAAAAUUACAGAGAUUAAAGAUGAUGAACCAAAAAUUUCAGAGAUUAAAGAUGAAUGA